CAGCAUCACCGCGCUUGCGUCAGAGCGGAGCGUGUGGAAAAUCUCACGCCUUUUUUUAACUGUCAUUGAUCACACAAUGAUGAAUCACGAGCGAAAAUAACAGGCUAACAGGAGUUUCGGACGAUUCUUACGAUAGAGAAGACAGAGGAGGAUGGAAACGGAUUAUUAAUCGGCGUCGGCGGUGUGAGGGUGUGUCUUGAUUUAGUGCUGUGAUGAUCCGGCUGGCUUCAGUGCGCGCGCUCCUGACCCGUCGCGCGCCCGGACCGGGUCAGCUGCACAGAUGUUUCCUCGGAACACACCGGCGCAAAAUCAAACCGGAGCAGCUGGACCUUCCGAACCAAGCCCGGGAGUUCGUGUACGGCCUGAGCCCGGCGACCCGGAUCUGCUUACUGAAGGAGCUGCAGAACUUCGAGUCCAAGGCUGAAGACUCGUCAGAAUCGUCUCCUCUGACCUCCGCUCAGCUCCGAUACAUUCUGCUGCACAAUGCCAUUCCCUUCGUCGGCUUCGGCUUCCUGGACAACGCCAUCAUGAUCGCGGCCGGCACUCAGAUUGAACUGUCCAUCGGAUUGACGCUCGGAAUAUCAACAAUGGCAGCGGCGGCUCUGGGGAAUCUGGUGUCGGAUCUGGCUGGACUCGGGUUAGCGGGGUAUGUGGAAGCUCUGGCCGCACGUUUUGGGAUGCAAAUUCCUGAUCUGACGCCCAGACAGGUGGACAUGUGGCAGACCAGAGUCACAUCACACAUGGGAAAAGCCAUCGGCGUCGCCAUCGGGUGCAUUCUGGGAAUGUUUCCGUUGCUCUUCCUCAGUGACGACGAGGAAGACGAGAGAAGAAGAAGAAGAAGAAGAAGAGUCACCCGAGCUCAGACUGACGCACUUUUAUAUCGGCAUGACGACAACUGCGUUUGUUUUGCCAAAGAAAAUGAAGCGAAAGAUCAAACGGUAAAACUACAUCAUCAAAAUAACAUGAAAAAAUCAUAAAAAAGUAGGAAGUAGAAAUCUAAAUAAUUAGCAAGUAGUUAAAGUUUAAUCUAACGAUGCAGAAUAGAUGUUAAAAUGAGCAUGAGUUUAGUUUAUCUCUUCGUCACAUGACACUAUUUUAAAGGUCCGCUUACACCAGGAAUAAUAACUAUAAAGCUUCAGCAAUCCCGAUGAGAGAAUGUUAGUCCUCAGCACAACUACAACCAAAACCAACGUCGUUUAACAAUAAAAACAGCCAAUCAGAAUCCAUCCUGCCUUAAACUCGUAUCGCCACAACAGGAACACAGUCAAACCGCAGAAUAAACAGCUGAUCUAGCUAUCGUUCCUGAUGUGAACAGAAUUUCCUCUCUUAUGGUUUGUUUCUUUAGAUUUUAGCAGCAUGUUUUUGCGUUUGGUGAAGAAUGAAGUUCAUUGGUUCAGUUUGAAGUGUGUGAAUUAGGAAGAUGUUCUCUAUUUUUAACUGUGUUUGCCUUCAUCUGCACCAUCACCGACCUCUCGAACUGGACUCUCACAGUCUGACUGAACUGGAACGCUCUAGUUUUAUUCUGGACAGCACAAGAGUUUCUGCACUCGCGUCUCGCGCUCCCAGCAUGCAUCUGACACAUGACACUCAAGCUCAGUGGUCAUGGGAAGAGAUGUUAAAAAUGAACAGAACAAGCAAUGAAUAUAUUCAUUCGUCACUCAGAUAUAUUUAUAUAAACAUUAGAUAAAUGUAUACCUAAAACCGUACUUGAAAUAAAUAAAAUAUAAAAAAACUUUAACUUAUUUUAUGUAUUUCUUAAUUUCCUUUAGUUUGUUACUUCAAGUAAAACCAAAUACACUAAAACUCCUCAUUUACUAAUCUAAAUUAAAUUUAAUCUUAACAAUCAAAAGUUGUAUUUAUUAACAUUAACGUACUUAACUAACAUCGACCGAUUAAUAAUAAAUGCUGUAAAACACGUUCACUGUUAUUUAAUAACUAAUUAAAGUUAACGAAUCACUAAAACCUGAACUGAUAUUAAAAUUAAAACGUCAAAUCUAAUUCAAAAUAUUAACAAAAACUAAAACAGUGUUUGAGAUGGAGUCAGAGUGCUUCAGUGAGGGAAUCCCAUGAUCCUCUGGGCUCACGAGCUGAUCGUCUCUAUCCAGGGCUGCGUUUAACUCAGACCCUCGACCCCUCGAUUUUGACCUGCACAUAUGUACACUUGAGGCAGAUCCAUAGACCACAAUGCAACACGACUUGACCAUCAAACACAACAUAAGCGAUGACGUACAUCUGAGACAUCGACUCGUGAGCGCCUCACAUGAUCCUCAGACUCACGUCUGUUACUGGAAGAACAGAAAUACCUCUGGAUUGAGUAGUUCAGUGAUCAGCUGACUUCUGGGUAACGCAUAAACACGCCCCAGAAAUGUAUUCUAUCAUACUAUUAUUGGACACUAUGCAUUCUAAUAAAUAUAUUCAUGUAUAUAAUGACCGCACAGCCGUCUCUGGGUAGUUGACUUGUACUCUACAACUAUUUUACAGUAUUUUGCAAAUUCUACGAUUAUUUUUGUGAGACGACAUGGAAUAUUUGUACUUUUAUAAAUUCAUUUGUGGCACCACAGAACUGUUGACGCGAAAAGUACAAGUUUUGAUGUCAUUUGUGAACAUGAAGCAUGUUGUUUUAACUCAUAUUGAUGAUUUGGUUAUUAGCAGCAGACUCUGUAUUGUUCAGAUGAAUCAUGGGUAACACUUUACAAUUAUGAACUAACUAUGAAAAAUAACACUUAAUUUGAUCAUUUACUAAAAAAAUCUGAGAUGAAAUAACAAUCGACAGCUGUGUUUUUAUCAACUAACGCUAAGAUUAAUAAUAUAACGAAUAAACUGCUCAUAGUUCGUUGAUACAUUAAUGGACCCUUAUUGUAAAGUGUUACCGAAUUAUAAAUGAAAUAAACACCCCUGAAGUUUCACACUGCAACUGAUUUUAAUAAAAUGCCUUUAUUGACAAUAUAAAAA